AUGGCGACGCACCUGCACCUCACUCACUCUCACUUCUUCCUCCCUUCUUACAAACUCCUCUUAACCGCCGCUCCAGAACCUCGCCUUUGUCAAUUCGGCGUUCGUCACCGCCGCUGCCUCCUCGUCACAGAUUGUGCUUCGUCACCGCAUGAAAUAAGAUUUGCAAUUUGUUGCUUCAUUUUCAAUUGCAUGUAUCUCUGUAUGUAUUUGUUCGUGCUGAUUUGUUUACCUAAUUCGAGGUUCAUUAAACGAAUUUUGUGCUUUAGAGUUGCCAGUAGGAAACCGGCGAGGACCAAUGCAUAUCUCUGCAACGAUUUAAGGGAAUUUAUGUCCGAUGUUGGGUUUCCUGACGGACAUGUUCCUUCUUUGAAGGAGCUUUCGCACCAUGGCAGGCAAGAUCUUGCGAACCUUGUGAGAAGAAGAGGAUACAAACUUAUUAAAGAGCUUCUUGCAGCCUCACAAGAGGUCAAAGUCAAUGAUUUUAAUGUAGAUGAGAGCUUGACUGAUAAUCAGGAAAAUACCAAUACUGAAGAAGAUGAAUCAACAGAUUUAGAUGAGAAUGGAACAAAGUUGGCUGAAGCUGUGUUGUUGUCGAAUGAAGAGACUUCCACUAAACCAUGA